UUGACAGAGACAGCACAGAAGCAGAGAUUUCAAAACCACAAGGAUGAAGAAGAUUGCAGUCCUGAUUCUAGCAUUUAGCUGCUGUCUGUGUCAAAUGCAACAUAAUGAAAACAAUGACAAAAUCUGUCAGUGUUCAGGAUCCACCAGCUGCUGUGACAUCUCCCUCACUUCGAUAAGUCAAACCCUGGGAGCCGUGGGAGAGAAAGUUGCAAACAUGGCAGAAAAAAUCACACUUCUGGAGGCUAAGUUGCAAGAAACUGGAAAAGAAGUCCUGGAGCUGCGGAGCCUGACUGGAGGCAGACCUCAGGUGGCCUUUUCUGCAGCUCUCCUGGCAUCUGGCUCUGGAGACACUGGACCUUUCACCUCUGCUACCCCACUUAAAUAUAAGAGGGUCUUCUCCAACACUGGCAGUAGCUACAAUCCUUCAACAGGCAUUUUCACAGCAAUGGUCAAAGGAACGUACUUCUUUCGAUUCUCAAUGUUCAACAACCUCAAUCCUACUCCCAACUCUGUUGUGAGUCUCAUGAAGAACGGUGAGCGGCUGACAUCUGUCUGGGACGUGUCAGGGUCUGAUGCAAAUGACAUGGGCAGCAACGCUGUGGUCAUCCACCUAGAGGUGGGAGACAAUGUGUAUGUGGAGCUUGCGGCAAACAGGGUGGUCUAUGAUGAUGCCAUGAACUACAACACAUUCAGUGGUUUUCUGCUCUUCACUAUGUAAUCGGCAUGUGUCUUUAUGCUAGAGUGAAAGAAAUAUCUCUCUUUAUUCAUACUGAUAACUAGUAGUUUGAGAAGUCUGAACUCUGAAACUAAUGUUGUGCUUUCUCUGAGAAAACAGAAAAUCAGGAAAUGCAAUUUGUUUGAGACAAUGUGAAGCUUUCUUUUAUUAAACUUAAAAAAUGUUUUGAUUUCAUCAUUUAUGCAGCUACAGCAGUAGUGCUACUUGUGGUUAUUUGAAUUGAAGGUACAAAUGCAAUGCCACCCUGCCACAAUCACCAUCUCCAGCUCCAACAAUCUUCACUGUGCCAACCACUCCAGGUGGACAGAUGCAAAGGGUCGUGUUAAAGUACUACAGAAAAAAAGGCAUGGAGUGGAUUGAAAGCGCAUAGCCUAUUUAUAACUCAAAUUUAUACUGUACAGCCUGUGUCUUCUCCUGUAGCCCUACUUACUAUUUUAAAAUUAUAAGUAGACAUAAAGUAGUAUUUGGGUGUAAUAAACCCUUUAAAAAUAUAAGUCAUUAGUAUUUAGGUAGAACAAACUUUUAAAGUAGUCAUUACUAUCUGAUUGCACUCUGGCAAUCAUCCAAUUCGCUAGGUGGCGCUGUCGUGGAAGAUUGGGGUCCUAGACA